UCUGACAUAAGCAGUCAUAUUUCACUACCGUAUUGUUUUUAAAAGGAGAAAACAUUUGACAUGUAACUUUUAUUCAAAUCUUGGAAAACACCAAUUUUCCACACCAAUUUUUGACUCAGGAAAGUUAUACUGAGGAAUUGUGGCCAGUUUGCUCUUUGCCUAAUAAAUGACAAAAGGCUACAAUUUAAAACUUUUUUGAUAAAUAUAAUGUAAUAAAUUUGUAAUAUAUGUUUGGUACUGUACAUCAAAAACUGUGGUUAUGGUGACCAUCCGAUAAGUUAGUCCAGCCAAAUAGUGCUUAAAUGUCACCAAAAUGUAGCAUUUAAAUCUCAUAAUUAAAUAAAAAAUGAGGGGAAUAACUGCAAAAAUGUCCACUUCUUGAGAAAAAAGAAGCACCCCAUUCACCAGACUGGCUAGUCUACGGGCCUGAUAUGUAAUCAGUUCAUAAUCUGACAGGGCAUGCGCGCUCUAGAAAUCUGAAAAGAGGCGUGACCACAUGGAGACGUCAUUAGAGAGGCGGCGGGAAACGACAUUUCAACAUUUUUUACAGUCAUUGGCUUAGAUGCAAACAACGACUGAACUACUUUCACAUAAACCAUCGAACAGCAUUAGAUUUGACAUUUAAAUGGCGCAAUUGGGAUUUUGUACACUGCUUGUUUUUUCCGGCCUGCUCCAUCACAUCAAAAGCCAUAUUAAAAAAGAAGACAACCCUGAAGGGAAGGAACGACCCAAUUUCAUCAUUAUCUUAGCUGAUGAUAUUGGAUGGGGAGACCUCUGGUUAAACAGGCCUGACAACUCCACACCAACACCCUGGCUGGACUCAUUAAUGCUGAAGGGCAAACGAUUCACAGACUUCCACUCUCCUGCCUCCACAUGUUCUCCAUCUCGCGCCUCCAUCCUGACCGGCAGACACGGCCUACGAAAUGGGGUCACUCAUAAUUUUGCAGUAGGGUCAGUAGGAGGAUUACCUCUCAAUGAGACCACGUUUGCUCAGCUCCUGCAUGAUGAAGGUUAUUACACAGCCAUGAUCGGAAAAUGGCAUCUUGGACAUAAUGGUUCUUACAGUCCUGUUCAUAGAGGUUUUGACUAUUACCUGGGUAUUCCCUACAGUAAUGACAUGGGCUGCACUGACAAACCAGGCCUUGACCUUCCCUGCUGUCCUCCCUGUGUACAUAGUCAGUAUAGUAUUAAUAAGAAGCAUGAGGGAUGCUACACCAAAGUAGGAUUACCUCUGUUUGAAAAUGAGAAGAUUAUUGAGCAACCCUUGGACACAUGGAGCCUUAAAGACAGAUAUGCAACAGCGGCAGUCCAGCAGAUUUUCACAGCCAGUGUUACAAAGAAGCAGCCGUUCCUCCUAUAUGUGGCUCUCGCUCACAUGCAUGUGCCGCUGUUCCAUAACACCUUCCUAAAUGUCACAACUGAAGACCCCUACACAGCCAGUCUCAGUGACAUGGACUCACUUGUGGGCAAUAUCAUGCAGGCGCUCAUCACUGAACAGUUGGAAAACACCCUCAUAUGGUUCACUGGUGACAAUGGCCCUUGGGAGCAGAAAUGCCUGUUUGCUGGGCAUGUUGGGCCUUUUGUUGGAAGAUGGCAGACAAAUAAAG